AUGUUGGGUGCAGGAUCCCUCGUCAUGGCUCAGCGGGCAUCGAACCAUGACCUGACGCAGCCGGAGGUCGUGCUCGCUGGCAAGGACUCGCCCGACCACCAACACGUCGGAGCUUCGAAGCCGGAUGUGGAUCAGGUGUACGAUGUAGGAAAAGAUGCGUGGUUGACGGUUCUUGGAACCCAUCACUCGCACUCAGGACAGUUCUGCAAGCACGGUUCCGGGUUGCUGGAAGACGUGGUAAAGGAAGCCAUUCGUCAGAAUUUUCAAGUCUACGGCCUGACAGAGCACGUCCCGCGCUAUCGGGCAAUCGACUUAUACCCCGAAGAGGUGAACACCUCGCUUGAUGAGCUGUCGAGCCAAUUCACUAGCUUCCUCAUGGAGGCCCACCGCCUUAAGACUGCCUAUUCAGCACAGAUUUCACUCCUCGUCGGCCUCGAGACAGAGUUUAUAACGGAUCUGGAUCUCCAUCGGCUGGAUAUUCUGCUCAAGGAAUUCGGAGACCGUGUGCAAUAUGUCGUCGGGUCCAUUCAUCACGUCAACGGGAUUCCGAUUGAUUUCGACCUGCCCACCUACGAGCGAGCCCUUGCGAGCUUCGGAGACGGAACUGGAGACGGAGGGCACGAGGCCCGACAGCAAGCAUUCCUUUCGUCUUACUUUGAUGCUCAGUACGAGCUCCUCCGAUGCUUCAAGCCCGAGAUCAUAGGACAUUUCGACCUCUGCCGCUUGUAUUGCCCUUCGCUGCGCUUUGGACACCACCCGGUAAUCCAGGAGAAGGUGGAGCGGAAUGUGAAAUUCGCCGUAGGGUACGGUGCGUUGUUCGAGGUGAACGCUGCUGCAUUCAGGAAGAAGUGGGACACUGCGUACCCAGGGGAGGAAGUUGUGCAGGUGAUAAAGCGACAUGGAGGGCGAUUUGCACUGUCCGAUGAUAGCCACGGCCCGCACGCUGUCGGGAUGAACUAUCGCCGCCUGCCUGAUUACCUGCGUUCCGUGGGCAUUUCCGAACUUUGGUACCUCGAACCUUCGGACAUGCCAAACUCUGCGGGAAGGAACAUUCGCGCCGUUAGACUUGACGGAGAUUGGUUAGACCACCCGUUUUGGCGUGGACAGCCAUAA